GAGGCGGGGAGACCCCCCCCUCCCCGGGGGUGGAGCGAGCGGGGUAAAUGCUCUGGCUCCACGGGCCGCUGCGGAGUCACGCCGGAGUCACUCGCGGCUCGCUACGCACCGUCCCCGCGGCAGGAAUGACUGAGGAGACGCUUCUUUAAAAUUUGCUUGGCUCUGCACUUCACACACAGACUUUACACAGAGAUUGAGAAUUGCCUUCCAGCACUUCAUGUGAACUGGGACACACUUAGAAGAACCUGUAUGGGAUCCUAAGGACUUACGGAUGGAUGAUGUACUUACGAUGAUUAAGGUCAACAUGGAUUCGUGGUUCUUUGUCCUUUUGCUUGGAAGUGGCCUGACGUGUCUAGGUGGGCACAUUGUUACCUCAGUGCCACCAUCCACAGAGCACACCUCUGCCACGCAUUCCAUGAAAGCCCCUACAUCAGAGCCAGAGAGCAGAAAGGGCACUAGUCCAGACAAUCUGAACGCUAGCUCUCCAGCGACCGUACCUACCAUGGCGCCUGGGCCUACUACCACGCAAGCCCCAAAGCUCCCUCUGAACACCACUGUCAGUUUGAUGGGCAAUGAAACCCAAACCACGAGGACAGCUGUGUCUGCACCUGGGUCCACCUCCAGUCCACCCAGCACGACAUCUUCUGCUGCACAAACAGCUUCAGAAGAUGUAAAGACAGGGACCACAGUGGGGAAAAUCACUAUGGCAGUAACUUCUCCAGAAACCAUUGUCACUUCAGGUGAGCCAUCAGAAGGCCCAGGUGAUUCUGAACCGGAGAGAAGAGAUGAGACUCCAAUUAUAGCUGUAAUGGUGGCCCUAUCUUCCCUGCUAGUCAUAGUAUUUAUAAUUAUUGUGCUGUACAUGUUAAGGUUUAAGAAAUACAAGCAAGCUGGGAGCCAUUCCAACUCAUUUCGCUUGUCUAAUGGCCGAACAGAUGACACAGAGCCUCAGAGCAUGCCGCUCCUUGCCAGAUCUCCCAGCACCAACAGGAAGUACCCACCACUGCCUGUGGAUAAAUUGGAAGAGGAGAUUAACCGGCGAAUGGCAGACGACAAUAAGCUCUUCCGGGAAGAAUUCAACGCUCUCCCAGCAUGCCCCAUCCAGGCCACAUGUGAAGCCGCCUCCAAGGAGGAAAACAAAGAGAAGAACAGAUACGUGAACAUUCUGCCCUAUGAUCAUUCCAGGGUUCAUCUGACUCCCAUCGAAGGUGUCCCGGAUUCUGAUUACAUUAACGCCUCCUUCAUUAAUGGGUACCAAGAAAAAAACAAGUUUAUUGCUGCACAAGGACCAAAAGAAGAAACAGUAAAUGAUUUCUGGAGAAUGAUUUGGGAGCAGAACACAGCGACAAUCGUCAUGGUGACUAAUCUGAAAGAGAGAAAAGAGUGCAAAUGUGCUCAAUACUGGCCAGAUCAGGGCUGCUGGACUUAUGGAAACAUCCGGGUGUCUGUGGAGGAUGUGACUGUCUUGGUUGACUACACAGUGCGAAAGUUCUGUAUUCAACAGGUAGGUGAUGUCACAAACAAAAAGCCUCAGCGCCUGGUGACCCAGUUCCACUUCACCAGCUGGCCUGACUUUGGGGUCCCCUUCACCCCUAUUGGGAUGCUGAAGUUCCUGAAGAAGGUGAAGACAUGUAACCCCCAGUAUGCAGGAGCGAUUGUCGUUCACUGCAGCGCCGGGGUAGGACGCACAGGCACUUUUAUCGUCAUUGAUGCCAUGCUGGACAUGAUGCAUGCAGAGAGGAAGGUGGACGUGUACGGUUUCGUGAGCCGGAUCCGGGCUCAGCGCUGCCAGAUGGUACAGACCGAUAUGCAAUAUGUGUUUAUAUACCAAGCACUUCUGGAGCACUAUCUGUAUGGAGACACAGAGCUAGAAGUGACCUCGCUAGAGACCCACCUCCAGAAAAUCUACAACAAAGUGCCCGGGACCAGCAGCAACGGGCUAGAGGAGGAGUUCAAGAAACUAACUUCAAUCAAAAUCCAGAAUGACAAGAUGCGAACAGGCAACUUGCCGGCAAACAUGAAGAAAAACAGGGUGCUUCAAAUAAUUCCAUAUGAGUUCAAUCGAGUGAUCAUUCCAGUGAAGAGAGGUGAAGAGAACACAGACUAUGUCAAUGCGUCCUUUAUUGAUGGUUAUCGUCAGAAGGACUCAUACAUCGCUAGCCAGGGCCCUCUCCAGAGCACAAUAGAGGAUUUCUGGAGGAUGAUCUGGGAGUGGAAAUCCUGCUCUAUAGUUAUGUUAACAGAGCUGGAAGAGAGAGGCCAGGAGAAAUGUGCCCAGUACUGGCCUUCUGAUGGCUCUGUGUCCUAUGGAGACAUCACCAUGGAGCUGAAAAAAGAGGAGGAAUGUGAGAGCUACACAGUGCGGGACCUGCUAGUAACAAACACGAGGGAAAACAAGAGCCGGCAGAUUCGACAGUUCCAUUUCCAUGGCUGGCCGGAAGUUGGAAUCCCUAGUGAUGGGAAAGGAAUGAUCAAUAUCAUUGCAGCUGUGCAGAAACAGCAGCAGCAGUCUGGGAACCAUCCAAUCACUGUGCACUGCAGUGCUGGGGCAGGAAGAACAGGAACCUUCUGUGCACUGAGCACUGUCCUGGAAAGGGUUAAAGCUGAGGGGAUUCUGGAUGUCUUUCAGACAGUGAAGAGUUUAAGAUUACAGAGGCCGCAUAUGGUGCAGACACUGGAACAGUACGAAUUCUGCUACAAGGUGGUGCAGGAAUACAUUGACGCCUUCUCAGACUACGCCAACUUCAAGUGAAAAAACAAAACAAAAAGAAACAAAUGACAGAAGAGUUGCCUUCUUUAAUAUUUUGUAAUAUUCUGUUUGUUAAUAUACCCCCCAAAAUAUGUGUAUAUAUCUUAACUGUUUUAGAGAUUGGUACCAUAGGCUUCAUAUUAGCUGGAGAUUUUAUAUGUAGCAAAAAGUGUUAGCGCAGAUACUGUUGGCUCCUUUUUUUCCAAUGUUUUAUUGGGGAAUUAAAUAGCGUGAUGUUUGGAUUAAUAUUGUCAAUCCAUCUCUCUGCUGGAGAGUUGAUAUAGGCUGUUGUUUUGUUUGUAAAUCUUUUUUUUUCCCUGAGGGAGUAAAGCCUUUUUAAAAAUAAUAGUAUUCCGGAUCUCAUCCAAAAGCACAAGCUUUUCCGAACCUGUGAGGAAAUGGUUUCACAUUUUCCUGCUGUUCUGCUCUUAAAAGAAAGAAAGGAAGAAAGAAAAAAAAGCUUAUUCUGUAUAUAUCCUAGUUUUUGUAUAAAAAGAGAAAAAGCAAAAGUUUCUUUCUCCGGGACUAAAUAAGUCUGUGUCACCAGCUGAAAAUGGUAAUGGACUUUAAGUGGCAGCAACAGUUGGGAUUUCAACCAGAAAAAAAGGAUUUUUGCUCCCUAAAGGAAACUUCUCUGUAUGUGUGCCAGAUUUCAGAUUGGUUUUAUCUGCCUCUCAGUCACAGCCUUGUCUGGCACUUAUUGGCAGGCAGCAUGGUAGGUCGUUUAGAUGUCUAGCUGAACUGCAGGUGCAGUCAGGUACGUGGAUGGCCUCACCUGCUCCUGCAGUUAACAAAGGCCAUUGAAAUCCUCUGGCUUUCUGUCUGUCCGUCUGUGUUCAUCAGUGAACAGUAGCAGCUUUGUUGUUGUUAGUAUUAAGAUUCAUUUUCUCUCUCUCUCUCUCUCUCUCUCUCUCUCUCUCUCUCUGAAGGCAAAGCCAAAUGUUUCACUCUAGCCUUGUGUACUCUGGGAGUUUCAGCCAUUGGUGUCCAACAAGUGGUGUAGCUUCAUCAGCACAAAUGCUUAGUAUAGACAGGCAAAGCCUCUAAAAGUCACUGUUUGUACCUCUGCCUGAAAUGGGGGUUAAGCUACACUUGUGCAAAUCAUGGCUUUUUCCAGCUUUGCCUGUCUAUGUGGGGAGUGUGCACUGGCACAGCUCCACCAAUGGCUGCAGCUGGGGCAAAUCCCCAGUGUAGACAAGGGCUUGGAGUGUGUUCUGCCAUGAGAGCCGUGUUUACUUCAUGCUUGUCUUACAACUGCCAAGGGUGUGUGUUGCCCCAUGUCAGUUAUGGGUUGCCCAACCCAGUUUCCUUUAUGCUUGGAGGCAGGAGUGCCAUGUGCCUGCUAGCUGUCAACGUAUCAGAGCCUCCAUGGCCGAAAAAUGUGUUUAAGUUUACUCCUUUCCAUUUCUGUGGUCAGAAGGAGUGAGGAGGGGCCCUCCUUUCAGUAGGUCUCUUCUAGGUGCUGGUGCCAUGGUUUGGAGAGAAGAUGUGGCACCAUAACAAUCCAAACUUCAGCCAGCCAUUGAUUGUCCCUCAGACAUCAAGUGCGAUCAGCUCCCCUGGUACAUCUCUUCCUUCCCUCCACACCCUAUGAAUGGUCCUUUAGCAGCUCCUGGGCUAGACUUUCCUCUCAUACCAGUAUAACUACAAUGGAAGCCGAGGAUUUACAUAGAAGUCAUACUGGUGGGAGUAAGGUCAGAAUCAGGCCUGGUGGGGGUUCUGCCAAGGAUAGUAUAGGUCCAUAGGCCCAAUUCUGUAUUUCCUUAGCUCUGAAAUGAAAAUUAAAAUAGAGGAGUUGAUCCUUGCAGCAUUCAAGGAGGCAGCACUACUAAUAAAAGUCACCAGGAGGUGGUCUCUGGUAUCAUCCCUAAAUAAAGAUCCUGUUUGCCCGAGUUAAUUGUGGAAGAUCAGGUGUCUUCUCAGCCUUCCUGUGGGGGAGUUCACACACUCCUCUCCAUCCCAGGUUAGUUGUGCAAGGGAAAAAUAUCAAAAAAUCAGGUUCUUCUAGAGGAGAGUUCUUUUGUUUGGGGGAGGGGUUUUAUUUUUACUUUCUACACUGAAUGUGAUACUGUUGAAAGUGCCAACUGAACAGGCUUGGGGAUCCAUCCCCAAGAGUGUAGGCUUGCUCUAGCUAAAUACACACAGAAAUAGUCUGUCUCUCCCCCCCCACCCCCCCAUGGAAUACCCCACCAGUUUGCUUCAGCCCUUACCUGAAGGGAUCAUUUCUGAGUGUAAGAGGAGAUUUCAGUCUCCAGGGCUUGUUCACAUUGGUCUCUCUACAGAGACAGCCGGCAAAAGCCUCGAUUUUGGACUCUGAUCCGCGCAGUUGGACCCUUACGCCCAUGCAGAGUCCUGCAGAUGUCAGUAGGUCUCUGCGUGGCCUGACCCAGGAAAGCAUGUAAGGUGGCACACACACAUACUGUCCCCGAUGGGGAUGCUUUCCUGAGUCAGGGCCUGUACAUACACAGGCCUGCCUGCAGGAUCAGAGGCUAAAAGCUCCAGUUGGUGCCAAGAAUGGUGACAUGGAUACCUGUCCUCUAGGAGCUAGUCUGAAACCAAGAAGACUUGUUGGUUUUUGAUGGAAAGGAGGCACCAAGAAUGUAUCACGCUUCACAGAUCGUAAGAAAAUAAAUAGAUCCAUAAUGUUUAAGGCCAGAAGGGAACAGACCAUAGAAUUUCACCCAGUGAUUUUGGCAACAAGCGCACAGUAACUUGUAGCUAAGCUAGAGUAGAUCUUCAAGAAAGACAUCCAAUCAGGUGAUGGACACCACAUCCCAGCCAGAGCAGAGAUGAUGAAUAAAGCAAGGAGCCUAUUCUCCUUACUGGCAACACUCACUUUUAACUGAAAACCAUGGAAAAUAUUUCCCCUUUAAGGCUUGUUCUGCCUAGGCUGAGCCCUCCCACAGCCACAUGACGUUAUUUGCAGUUUAUGUAGCCUCAAUCCUAUAAAUUUACGUGUGAGUAAUUUUACUCAAAUGAGUAAAGUUAUUCCCACACUCAAAUGUUUGCAGGACCAUGUGAUGGUCUCCUGAAAGUUUUCAAUUAACCUUCCUUUGAAUAUGAAAUUUUAUCCUGGGUUUUGUGGCUUUUAUUGUAGACAAAUCUUAAAACUUUUAAGACAUCAUCUUAAAUUUUCUGCCCUUUUUAAAAGGAAGGGUGUAGGUAGCUUUUAUUUCCUCUUUCUAAAUAUGGCGUUGAUUUGGCUCACUUGUUCUGUGUAUCUGUCUGUAAAUACCAGAUAGAUCUUUUCUGUGUGUGUCUGAAGAAGACUUUGAAUGAAUCCUGUUUUUGA